AUGGAAUCAUUCCCAUUACCUAAUUGUCACCCCUCGUAUUAUAGUCAGUUAUUUCCAACAAGAAAUUUCUAUCAUUAAUGAUAUAAUGUUGCUUAGCUUCGCGCGGAAGUAAUCUGAUCCAUUAUAAAUGAUGUUUGGAUUACUAGUUGAUGUGCACUUUAUUAAGGGUCGUAUCGUCAAUGGUUCCUAUAAUUGUAGUCUCUUUUCAUAGUUUUCUACUGUUCCGUGUCAGCUCUCUAUUUUGAGGUUAUGUCACAAAUAUAUAUUUGCUUCAAAUUGUUCGUGCUUUUGAUUUAUCGUUUUACCAGCCUGAAAUUUUCUACAAUUAAGUCAGCUACCAUAGGCGUAUAUUAACCGGGGUACUGGGAGUGCGAUACAAUACGGAUAUUUGUGAAGGUUUUUAAACCUUCGGAAAGCAGUUAAGUGGCAUAGAUUCAACAGAAACGAAGCAUGAUUAAGCGACCCGAACACAAUUUUUCCAGUUUUGGAAGCGCUUGGUUGAGCUGUAGUAAGAAAUACACCAUGUACUUAUGAGGGCAAGCGCAAGACAUUCAAGACAAACAUAUUUAUGGGCUCUGAAUAAUGGAAAGAGAUCAGCGAAUAUAGUGUAUACUUGAUUGCUGC